AAAAUGAAUUGGCCCUAUGCCUGCCUCUCAUUUUGCUGGAUUUAUUUUGCUGCUUCCAGACUGAGAGCUGUAGAAACGGCAAAUGGAAAAUACGCUCAGAACUUGUUUAAUGACCUUUUUGAAGAUUAUUCCAAUGCUCUUCGUCCAGUUGAAGACACAGAUAAAGUCCUGAAUGUCACACUGCAGAUCACACUGUCUCAGAUUAAGGAUAUGGACGAAAGAAACCAGAUUCUGACCGCUUACCUGUGGAUCCGCCAGAUCUGGCACGAUGCCUACCUCACAUGGGAUCGGGAGCAGUAUGAUGGGCUGGACUCCAUCAGGAUUCCCAGCGACCUGGUGUGGAGGCCGGACAUCGUCCUGUACAACAAGGCUGAUGACGAGUCUUCAGAGCCGGUGAACACCAACGUGGUCCUGCGCUACGACGGGCUCAUCACGUGGGAUGCCCCGGCCAUCACCAAAAGCUCCUGUGUGGUGGACGUCACCUAUUUCCCCUUUGAUAACCAGCAGUGCAACCUGACCUUUGGCUCCUGGACCUAUAAUGGCAAUCAGGUGGACAUAUUCAACGCCCUGGACAGUGGCGAUCUCUCCGACUUCAUUGAGGAUGUGGAAUGGGAGGUCCAUGGCAUGCCUGCCGUGAAGAAUGUGAUCUCCUAUGGCUGUUGCUCCGAGCCUUACCCAGAUGUGACCUUCACUCUCCUUCUGAAGAGGAGGUCCUCGUUCUACAUCGUCAACCUCCUCAUUCCCUGUGUCCUCAUAUCUUUCCUAGCUCCCUUAAGUUUUUAUCUCCCAGCAGCCUCUGGGGAGAAGGUCUCCCUGGGAGUGACCAUCCUGUUGGCCAUGACCGUUUUUCAGCUAAUGGUGGCAGAGAUUAUGCCAGCCUCAGAAAAUGUCCCUCUGAUAGGCAAAUACUACAUAGCCACCAUGGCCUUGAUCACGGCCUCCACCGCCCUGACCAUCAUGGUGAUGAACAUCCACUUCUGCGGGGCUGAGGCCCGGCCAGUGCCACGCUGGGCCCGAGUGGUCAUCCUGAAAUACAUGGCCAGGAUCUUGUUUGUCUACGAUGUGGGCGAGAGCUGCCUCAGCCCACGCCAUGGGAGGGAGCGGGGCCACCUCACCCAGGUUUAUGGCAAACUCCCAGAGUCAAACCUGAAGACAGCCAGGAACAAAGACCUUUCCCGGAAGAAGGAAAUGAACAAACUCUUAAAGAACGACCUGGGUUGCCAGGGCGAGACGCCACGGAAUGCCGAGGGUUACUGUGCGCGGUACGAAACGCUGACGAGAAACAUCGAGUACAUCGCCAAGUGCCUCAAGGACCACAGGGCCACCAACUCCAAGGGCAGUGAAUGGAAGAAGGUUGCGAAAGUCAUAGACCGAUUCUUCAUGUGGAUUUUUUUCAUCAUGGUGUUUGUGAUGACUGUUUUGAUCAUUGCCAGAGCAGAUUAGGAGGCAUUUGAUAUGGGGGAGAAAUCAAUAAAAGUCCCUGAUCCGGGGAUAUAGCUCAGUAGCACAAGUUCUGCCUGGCAAGCACAAGGUCCUGAGUUCAAUUCCCGGUACCAAAUAAAUAAAUAAAAUUCCCUGUGAUUUACUGCAAUGUUCUUCUAAGGCGUUAUGCUCUCUGUGAUUUUUACUUUUAACUUCAAUAUUGUAGUUACCUCUCAGGUCAAAGUAAGCAAGAGAGCUACAAUUUUAAGGGUGGGAUGAAAAGGGAAAUAAGGAAGGACUCCUUUUAAUACUUACUAGAAUGGUGGGCAACUUGUCUCCAGUUUAUGCAAUUAUUUGUCUUUUCAGCAUUGGGGAUAACAAAGCAUAGCACAUAACUUCUCAAAAUUUAGAAUAAAAAAAGGUGCAAAACAAAACAGGCCUCUUUUCCCCUUAGUCCCUAUUAAAAUACGCUUUUUAAAAAAGGAAACUUUUUCUAGAGUGGCAGAUUUCAAGCCUAAUCUCAAAUAGUGGCAAAAGGGUUUUGUUCUACAUAAAGUCUAAGGAUUUACAAUUUAAAAGGGAAGAGAACAUUUUUGUAUUGAUGACAUCAUAUAUGUUGGUGGUGGUGCAUAAACUAAAGAUGAGGUCAUUCCUGCACUGUCUUUAAUUAAAGUGAGAUAGACAAGGUUGCUCCUGCAGUUAACCUUUGAUUAAAAUGAGGGAAUCUGCAAGCUGAGCUCAUUCAGUCGUUCAUUCACCUACUCACCGACGUUUAGUAAGUUUCCCCUAAAAAUAAUGAGGCUC